AUGAAAAUUGUUCGAAUGAGAAAAAUCGUUGAAAAAGCACGUGUCCGAUUGAGUCGCCAUCUCAUACGGCAAAUACGAAAACUGAAAAUGUUCGAUAGUGAGAAAAAACAACGGAAAGCAAAACGUUUAAUGGAUGAACUAAAAGCUUGCAAGAGAAUUCAACGAGACGAUGUUUCAAAAUUUGCUUUGCUCAAUUUAAAAACAUUGUCGCAAUUAAAUAUACGGGGUGAUACGCUGCCUCAGCAACGAAUAUUGUAUAAACUUAGCGUGGAAAAGAUAAUUUGUGAAAAUGUCAACGCUUUUCGAUCCCAGUAUCCCGAAUGGCAUAUGGAAAUACCAUAUAUUUUACAGAGGCUCGGCUUGCAAUAUCAGAAAAAAAAGAAGAAGAAUUUAUUAUUACAGUCUGAGGCAGCGGAAGAACAAAAGAAAAAGCCAAUCAUUUUUCGUUUUAUAUUUAUUAUUCAAAUAUAUUUUUUAUAA